GUCCCUAAGUUUUCUCGCGUAAAUAAUUUGCUCAACAACAAUGUGUGCUGCUCUCGUUGGAUCAAGUGCGUCUGCCUGUGCUACGCAACAUACACCGAAAAAAGUCUUCGUCAGCUAUACGCACGACCCUCUUUUGCCACAAGCGACGGAUCAAGAAAUUCAGCGAAAGAAGCGAAGAGACGAGCAAAGAACGUACGUCUACGCUCUCGCACAAUAUCUGCGAUUAAAAGGCAUCGACUGCAUGGUCGACCAGUACAUGGAAGAUGAUCCGCCAAGCAACUGGGGUCAGUGGAUGGAGAAACAGAUCGACGACAGCGAUUAUGUACUUAUGGUUUGCUCGCCUGCAUACAAACACUAUGUCACGAAUCGAAACGACGAGAGAGAACGGAUGCAUCAACAGGAAGGAAGGGGGUCCCAGUUCGAGGGUCGCCUAAUAUAUGGCUGCAUUUGCGACAAACCGUCUACAGCAGCGAAGUUUAUUCCGAUAUUUUUUGGAAAGCAACGACCGAACGAUGUGCCGCUUGUUGUAAAGCAAGCUUCUUGCUACGAGAUCUUUUUUCCGCCCGACAUGACUUGUGAAGGACAAGGCGAUCUGCGGAGACUCUACGCUAGGCUCACUCAACAAGCUUACGGCCUGAAAGCUCCACCAAUUGGUAAGAUAGAGUCAUUCGCUAGUGUCACAUCAAGUGUGGGACCUGCUAGAGCAGAGACUAGUGGAGCGACUAGCGAAGAUUUCCUGAAGAAUAUCACGGCCAAUGAUCUUGGUCUGAAAAACGUAAUCGUAGCGUUUGAGAAAGGAACGGUGUUGAAGUCAGGUAAGAAAAUAGCAACGUUUUCUUGCCAACACCGGGAAACAAUUGUGGUGUCUACUCCUUUCAAUGACACUUUGGAGAAAAGCAUAAGCGAAAAGGAGACCGCUAGGGAGCUGCAUGAAGUGGAGGCUUUCUCACGACAGUCUUGGGUAAAGCAGAUCAGAUCUGUGUCUGUGUCAGGUAAGGCAUCUGUAGAUGGAGACAGCUGCAAUGCUAGAGUCCCAAUGACAUGGAAUCGUGCAUCAUUGCCCAGUGUCCCUCUGUUGAAUCUGUUGGGCCCCACGUACUCAGAUGCAUCAAUGGAACGCAGUUGCUGGUGUGAUCAUGGGAGACCUUGUACGACCUUAGUUGCAUUGAAAUUUGAAGCACAGUGCGACGGACGCGAUUUCGAGAAGCAAGAAAGUGUGCUGGCAUCCAGUCGACCAUCACAAGGUCUAGAACUCGCAGAUCCAUCAGGUUCUGUGGGAGUUUCAUACCGUUUGCCAGCAAAUGUGGAUCGGGCAACUCUAAAGCUAGCAAUGAAAGGACAUGUUCGAAAGGCUUCCCUAGCAGCUGUUGUCAUACGAGUGUCACUAGAAUUUGUUUCUCAACAAAAACCUCAACAAGAAAAAGAGAUUAUAUUAUAGCUAUUCUCUCGUCAGAGUCUGAAUAGUGCAACAGCCACGUACUACAUGUACAGACACGUCUAUAGCUAUAGAUAUUAGACGUAGUUGUAUAUACUGCAACCCUUUCAUAGGCUUUUCUUGCUAGCAAAAUUUGUCUGUUGUUGUAACUUUAAGGCCGUGGGCCUAAGUCAGUCUACAGAUAAUGAUACAGUGUGUGUAUAUAUAUACUAGAUUGAUGGCCCGUCCUUUGUACGGGCAAAACACUGU